AUGACACCAAGAUCAUAUUCUGCUUCAAAAAAUAUAACUAAAAAAACAGCAGUUAAUUUUUUAAAAAAAAAUACAAGAAAUAAGUCGUCAAAUGGUAUAGGAAAGAUAAAAGAACAAAGAGAUGCUAAUACGGUGAAAAAAUUAAAAACGAAUAUAUUAUUAGAUUCGAAAAAUGAUUAUAAUGAAAAUACAUUAGAAAGUUCACCAAAAUCAUGGGAAAUAAUAUAUAAUGAAAUUAAGAAGAUGAGGGAAACAAUUGCAUCAAACGCUCCAGUAGAUACUAUGGGAUGCGAUGUAGCGGCAGAUAAAGAUACCAGUCGUUUGCAAACGCUUAUAAGUCUUAUGCUUUCAAGUCAAACAAAAGAUUCAGCGAAUCAUAUUGUAAUGAAUACAUUAAAACAAAAACUUCCUGGUGGUUUAACAUUAAAAAGUUUAAUAGAAGUUGAUGAAAAUCUACUUAAUGAUUAUAUUAGACCUGUUGGUUUUCAUAAUAGAAAAGCGAAAUAUAUUAAAGAAACAGUUAAAAUUCUUGAAAAAGAUUAUGAUGGGGACAUUCCAUCAACUAUUAAAGAUCUUGUUGCUCUUCCUGGAGUAGGCCUUAAAAUGGCACAUCUUUGUCUUUCUUCUGCUUGGAAUAAAACUGAAGGAAUUGGUGUAGAUGUUCAUGUACAUAGAAUAUCAAAUUUGCUUGGAUGGGUAAAUACAAAGACGCCAGAACAAACACGAUUAAAGCUUGAAUCAUGGUUACCAAAAAAAUAUUGGAAAGAAAUUAAUCAUUUAUUUGUUGGUUUUGGACAAACUAUAUGUUUACCACGUGGGAGAAAAUGUUCACAAUGUACAUUAAGUUCUCAGAAAUUGUGUCCAAGCUCAAUAGAAGAAAAAGAUAUUCUGUCUAAAAAUCUAUACGAAAAGGAUACAGAAAAUAGGAAUAAUACUUCAAGCUUAAAGAAUAAAAUAAAUAAUGAAUAUAAAAUUAUAGAUGUCGAAGACCUAAUAUGA